AAACUUCAAACCUCCGCGAAACGAACCGGUUUAACUCCCCGCUUAACGUCCCGGUACCGAUGCUGUGAAGCCACUUGAUCCACGGACGGACCGUGAUGAGAAAGCGGAACAACUGUGAGGACAGCGACCCGGACCUGAAGCAGCGGCGCGACCGGGGAGCAGCGGGGCCGGCAGCGGGCAACCGGCAGGGCCCGGGACCAGGGGGGGGCAUGGGGAAACCCUUCAGGAGGUUGGGUCUGCUGAGGAAGAUGAAGAAGAUGAUGCUGUGGCUGCUGGUCGUCUACGUCUUCAUUCCCUUCAUCGUCAAGCUCUGCCCCUCCAUCCAGGCCAAACUCGUCUUCCUCAACUUCGUGAAGAUGCCGUACUUCAUUGACCUGAAGAGACCUCUGGAUCGGGGACUGAACCACACGCGCAACCUGUACCUGGAGCCGGAGGCGGGGCUUAAGAUCGGAGUGUGGCACACAACCCCAGCUCUUAUGUGGAGAGCAGCUGAGGGGAAACAGGGCGACUGGUAUGACUCCAGCUUUAGCUCCUCCCACCCUGUCAUCCUCUAUCUCCAUGGAAACGCAGGGACCAGAGGAGGAGACCACCGUGUUCAGCUGUACAAGGUCCUCAGUUCUUCUGGUUACCACGUCGUCACCUUCGAUUACAGAGGGUGGGGGGACUCAGGCGGCGCCCCCUCAGAAGGGGGGAUGACCUCAGACUCUCUCUUCGUCUAUGAUUGGCUGAAACAGCGUCUGGACCACAAAACACGGCUUUACGUCUGGGGACACUCGCUGGGAACAGGAGUUGCCACAAACCUGGUGAGAAGGCUGAGUGACCGAGGAAGUCCUCCUGACGCUCUGGUGCUCGAGUCUCCCUUCACCAACAUCCGGGAGGAGGCCCGGAGCCACCCCUUCUCCAGGGUGUACCGAUACCUGCCCGGCUUUGAUUGGUUCUUCCUGGACUCCAUCACAGCCAACAACAUCCGCUUCGCCAGCGACGAAAAUGUGAACCACAUCUCCUGCCCCGUGUUGAUCCUCCACGCUGAGGACGACGCUGUGGUUCCUUUCCAUCUGGGCAAACAGCUCUACCACGAGGCGUCUCAGUCUAAGAGCCUCAGUGGCCACAAGGUCCAGUUCGUCCCGUUCUCAUCGGCUCUGGCCUACGAUCACAAGUUCAUCUACAUGAGCCCCGAGCUGCCCGGCAUCCUCAGUGAUUUCUUCAGCUCGACAGCAGACGGACGAUCUCACCUGAAGACGCUCGACAGACCAUAACGGAGGAGGAGGAGGAGGGACUUUCCUUUUUAAAUAUUUAAAUCUUCUGGUUGUUUAUCUGUUAUGAAUUAAAGAUUUCUGGUUUUA